AUUUCACGACAGCAAACGAAGUUUUGAAUCAAGACACAACGCCCUGAUCACUGAACACUUCCUUGAAAGUGUGUGAGGAGCUCACAGUGUCCACGCGUCGAAGCCAGCACAAGAAUAAAGGAUCAAAUUGAACUUCUUGUUCAAGGACAGGACAUUUGUCCUGGCACAGAUUUCAAAAGUGAACCCAUCUGAACCACAUUGCUGCAGCUGUCACGGUCUCCAAACGAAUCUUGCCCAGUUCUAGACACAGCUCUUUGUCCUUUCCUCGGGUUCUUCGAAGACUAGUAGCCAGUACCCUCUCACACCAAAUAUGGCUUCUCUCAGCAAAUUUGAUGGGCUAGAACUUCCAGCUUCAGCCGACUUCCACGUCCACUUACGGGAUGGAGCCAUGAUGGAAACGGUCGUGCCUUCUAUCCGACGAGGCGGAGUGAACACAGUCUACGUGAUGCCAAACCUCAUCCCCCCCCUCACGUCCGCUUCAGAUGCGCUAGCCUACAAGGACCGACUACAGAAGCAAGAUUCAAGUGGCAAGAUCAAUUACCUGUUGACUCUCUAUCUCCACGAGAAAAUCACGCCUGCCGUGGUGAAAGGUGCCAAGGCACAGGGCAUUGUCGGCAUCAAGUCAUAUCCAGCUGGAGUCACCACCAAUUCAUCCUCGGGUGUCAUCUCAUAUGAGCCAUUCUACCCCGUCUUCCAAGCCAUGGAGCAAUGCGGCAUGGUGCUGAAUUUACACGGAGAAUGUCCUAGUGGCGAAGACAUCACCAUCUUGAAUGCCGAAUCGAGUUUUCUUCCCACACUCAAAUCGCUCCACAACAAGUUUCCUAAGCUCAAGAUCGUCCUGGAGCAUUGUACGACACAUGACGCGAUAGAAGCGGUCAAGGAAUGUGGCCCGAACGUUGUUGGAACUAUAACACCCCACCAUCUCUUCUUGACAAUUGAUGAUUGGGCAGAUGAUCCAUUCUGUUAUUGCAAACCAGUUGCUAAGCUCCCUCGUGAUAGAGAGGCUCUUCUCAAAGCUGCCGUUAGUGGAAGUCCCAAAUUCUUCCUAGGUAGCGAUUCGGCUCCACACGACCUGGCGAAAAAGAAAGGAGGAAGAGGGAAGACGGCAGCAGGAGUCUUCACCCAACCAUACGUUACCCAGCUCGUCUUGGACGCAUUGGAGCUAGCCAUAGAGCGAAACGUGAUUUCAGAGCGAGAUGUGUCAAAGGAGAUCCUAAGGGAUUUUCUAGGUGGACAUGGCAGGAGAUUCUAUGGCAUCACUGAUGGUAGUAACGAGAAGAUUAUACUGCGGAAGGGAAGCGAGACCAUCCAAGAAUCGUUCAAGGGUGAUGGGGUUGAGGUAAUACCUUUUAGACGAGGCCAGAGCACAUGGAGCGUCGAGUGGAAGUGAGCACCAUGGAGCAGUACUGCGCUACAUUGGCAUUUCACAAAUGCAAUGCUAUAUUCUGCGCUGCAUGCAUUGCGCCUAUGGGUUAUUCUAUGAAUUCACGGGCUCAAGCUCAAGAUACUCGUAGACAUUAUGGCAUGCAUGCUCUAAUUUCAUUGAUAACGUGACGGCUAUGGAAAGCGGGUGCAGUGAUGAGAAAUCCACGAAUCUAGCGCUCGCUAAGUCUAGUAGGGCCGAAGUUCCAGUGACAAGAUCUGGAGUCUCGCACUCGCUGUGCUGGCGAAGUGGCCAGUCUUUUCGAGAAAGAGGAAAUGUAGCUUUUG